AUGGGUGCAUCGAUAGAGGAAUAUGAAAGAGUCGCUCCUCCAUACUCGUUCAUUCACGUUGAUCAAUUCGAAUCACCAGCUAAACUGGCAGACUAUUUGAAGUAUUUGGACAAGAACGAUACUGCAUAUAAUGAAUAUUUUGCAUGGCAUGGUCAUGGAAUCAUACAUGAUUACGAUGCCCAACCUCAAUGUGCAAUGUGUCUGCUAGCUCAUACAUCUCAUUCAUUUGGUCCCUAUUGGGUUCCGCGUGUGGCACGAUGGUGGAAUGAUGGAUGUAAUGGUCGGAAAUUGCGUUGGAAUCCAUGA